AGCUGAUGUGCUCGCACUGACAGUGCAGUGAAACAAGUUUCAUCCCUGAUGAUUAGCAAUUUCAAAACAGUGAAGUAGAAAAUGGCCUCAUAUUUUGAUGAGCAUGACUGUGAGCCCACGAAUCCUGAAGAACAGUACAGACAGAACGCGUUGCUGGAGCUGGCGAGGUCUCUGAUGCAGGGUCUUGACAUAGACUCGGGUUCAUUUGAUUUGUCGGACUGGGAUCAGCGUCUUCCUCCUCCUGCUGCAAAAGCUGUGGUUCAGAGUCUUCCUGUGGUCAUCAUUUCCCCUGAACAAGCAGAUAAAGGAGUGAAGUGUCCUGUGUGUUUGCUGGAGUUUGAGGAGCAGGAGUCGGUUAGAGAGAUGCCCUGUAAACAUCUGUUUCACACUGGAUGCAUCUUGCCUUGGCUUAAUAAGACCAAUUCAUGUCCCUUGUGUCGACUUGAACUGCCCACUGACAACCCAGACUAUGAAGAGUUCAAAAAAGACAAGGAACGGAGAAGACAGCGAGAACACAGACUAGAGGAUCUACAUGGAGCCAUGUACACAUGACCACAGAAUACUUGACAUAAAUAUAUAUGAAUUCAGCUUUCAGUCUGUCGAAAGUGAGAGUUUACUGUGCAGGGACCAGGCUUUGAAACGAGUAUAUUUGCUUGUACUUGGGGUGGGGGGAUCAAACAAAAAAAAAAAACAGCACAAUUUUUAAUGCUAUCCCUUUUAAGGCUUUUGUAUGGCUAUGCACUGGGAACUGAGAAUUGUAGUCUUAUGGAUACAUUUCUGGUUUUAUUAAAUGUUUUAAAGCCGUUUGUGUUUUAGUGUGAAAUUGAAUCGUCUUGCUCCAUUAUCUUAUGCUAAUUCGUUUUUGCUCCCUGAGAUUUCUCGUCUUCAAGUGCUGAAUAAACUAUCAUUAUAAUAAGCAAUGGUUGCCAUAGUGAAUACAAUAAUUCAUAGUGAGUGCACUGGGACACAUUAGACAUGGUUUCUGCCAGUGGACUUGACUUAAAGGAAUAGUUCACCUAAAAUAUUUCUAAUGUUACACAAAAGAAGAAACCCAUCGACUUCCACAAUAAGAAAAAAAUACUAUAGAAGUCAAUGAGCACUCAGCAUUUUUCAAAAUAUCUUCUUUUGUGUUCAACACAAGAAAGAAGCUCAGAUAGGGGUUUGAACAAGUGAAGGGCGAGUAAACGAUAUCAGUUUUAAUUUUUGGGUGAAAAAAUCCCUUUAAUAAAACCCUACUUAUAUAAUAUGGUAGAACUCUACCUCAUGAAAAAUAUAUGUGAAUAUUAGGUGUCUAUGUAAAGUUAUUGUAAUAAAUGGAGCAGGAAAACUGUCUGAAUUCAUAAUGUCAAAUUGUCUUUUUCAUAUUUUUUAAAUAAAAAAAAAAAACAUCAAGCUUCUCUAAA